AUGGCAAUGGACCCGACACCACAGAACGCGUUGGAUCAGCACCAGUCUCUCCUCUUCCGUCUUCCACGAGAGCUGCGAGAUGAAAUCUACUACUACUAUUCCCAAGCGAACGGCUACUACUACGACUCCACUUCUGGGACACUUCGAAUGGACGGCGGCGAGUGCAUUGAUCUCAGCCUUCAAUAUACCUGCAAAAGGACAGCGGCGGAGAUGCAGGGUAUUGCCUUGGGGAUCAACACAAUGACCUUCCGUACUAUGCUCGAUCUCCCCAGGCCUUCCGACCAACUCAUGAAAUCCCAAAUCUUCGGUUAUUACAUCGAUGAAGGAAGGGGUGCCAUACUUAGUCGCAUGCUCGAAUGGACAUACCCUCUAGUCACAGCCGAGACCAUGCGUAAGUUGUGCGAACGCCAUCCAGCGAACCUGGCAGUCAAGAAGAUGAGGGAAUUGCAUCGAGAGGGAGACAGUGAUGGACCCCUAGCGCGUGGACACCUAUGGGGUGAGCUUGAAGAUGUCGAUACAGUCGAUUAUAACGAGUUCUCAGCGCAAACAUUCGAAAUCAUCCGAGACUUGCUGGAUAUCACAUCCACGGAGCCUGAAUUCUGGCACAUGACUGCAAGCGACUUCGAUGUUAACGCGAGGAGGGCCUUUUUCGUGGCAACUAAUCACUGGGCCACCCGUUGGGAGGCAUUCGAGGAUUAUCUUAUGAAGCAUGUUCCCGUAUACACUUCCAAGGCAGAACAGCAGCGAGUACUACAGUGGCGACCUGACAGCUGGUCUAUCCCCACAAAUGAUGACCUUGAGGCAGUGGCAGAGUUCCUACCUCACGACGAUGAUUCUGAUCCUUUUGAUAUGGAUAUCGACCAGCUGAUGAAAGAAAAGGAUGGCGAUUGGCCUUCGGACCUGGAGGAUGUUUUCGAAAUUCGCAACCUGGAACAGCCACCGGAAGGCUGGUGCGCUGCACAUGAAGAGCGAUUUGGGGUGUGGGAGCACAGAGACUAUAUUGAAGUGGACUGGACAGAAUACAUGGAGGGGGUUGAUAUGCUUUUUAAGCAGAAUGAGGUCAGCGAAUCCGACUAG